CCGCCCCCACCUUCCCCUGGGGCCUGGGAGAGCGCGGCGCUGGGCGAGUGCGCGCGCGCGGCUUCACUGGGAAAGCUCGUUCAGUGGCAGCGGCGGAGAGUCGCGGGCAGAGAGUGUUCUGGAGCCCAGCAAAAGCCUCCGAAGUGCCCGAGCUUCUCGAAAGAAAAGCAGAAUAAGAGAAAGCGAAGAAGAGCCGUCUGUUCCCCCCAAAGCCCGGUUUCCCGUAGUCUCAGACUCUCUCGGAGCCGGGCAGAGGCGCAGUUGGCAGCGGCCACUGCUGGUACCCGGACUUGGAAAAACGGCUUUUCCCCCUUUCGGGAGGAGGGAGGUGAGGGACUUGCAGGCGAGAGUUGCACCCGUUCUAGGAACCUGCAGAGAGAACUCAGAGCCUCCCCGAAGCUGGAGAAGGGCCCCGAAGUGGAGCAGACACCCUCUGACCAUGCCCCGGUGAGGGGGGCAGACUUCGAGGGCAACUUGUCGCGGACUGCCUGGGCUUUGCCAGAGAGCUACGAGCAGCCGGGGGCCCUGAACUGAUCGACGCGGCCCGGCGGGGGGCUAUCGUCUAUGUCUUCUUGGGGCGCCAGGCGGAUCGGGGUCUCGUUUCUGCAGGAAGAGCCCAGAGCUGGUGGCUUCAGGUGGCUGCUGCCGCCGCUGCUGGUGCUGUUUCCGCCGCUCGUGCUAGGAGCUGAGACCGGCGAACGGGGAGACCUCCGGAGCAGCGAGGCAUCGGACAUGUGUCAGCACAUCUGGGGCGCACACCAGUCGAGCCCGAGGGGAGAUUUGCCGGAACAAUUCAAACUGCGAUAUUGAUCUUGGGGGUGACCGUCCCUGGCCGGCUGUCGGGUGGGAGUGCGAGUGUGCGCUCUCUCGGAAGUGUGUGCGUGUGUAUGUGUGUGUGCCGUGUCGGGCUCCCCCCUUCCCCCCCUGUUUUCCCGUCGAGUGAUGCACUUGGAAUGAGAAUCAGAGGAUGGAAAUAGUCUGGGAGGUGCUUUUUCUUCUUCAAGCCAAUUUCAUCGUCUGCAUAUCAGCUCAACAGAAUUCACCAAAAAUCCAUGAAGGCUGGUGGGCAUACAAGGAGGUGGUUCAGGGAAGCUUUGUUCCAGUUCCUUCUUUCUGGGGAUUGGUGAACUCAGCUUGGAAUCUCUGCUCUGUGGGGAAACGUCAGUCACCAGUCAACAUAGAGACCAGUCACAUGAUCUUCGACCCCUUUCUGACACCCCUUCGCAUCAACACUGGAGGCAGGAAGGUCAGCGGCACCAUGUACAAUACUGGGAGGCACGUGUCCCUUCGCCUGGACAAGGAGCACCUGGUCAACGUUUCCGGGGGGCCCAUGACGUACAGCCACCGGCUGGAGGAGAUCCGGCUGCACUUUGGGAGUGAGGACAGCCAGGGCUCAGAGCACCUCCUCAAUGGACAGGCCUUCUCCGGGGAGGUGCAGCUCAUCCACUAUAACCACGAGUUAUAUACAAAUGUCACAGAAGCUGCAAAGAGCCCAAACGGAUUGGUGGUAGUUUCUAUAUUUAUAAAAGUUUCUGAUUCAUCAAAUCCAUUUCUUAAUCGAAUGCUCAACAGAGAUACUAUCACAAGAAUAACAUACAAAAAUGAUGCAUAUUUACUACAGGGACUUAAUAUAGAGGAACUAUAUCCAGAGACAUCUAGUUUCAUCACUUACGAUGGGUCGAUGACUGUCCCACCCUGCUAUGAAACAGCAAGUUGGGUCAUAAUGAACAAGCCUGUCUACAUCACCAGGAUGCAGAUGCAUUCUUUACGCCUGCUCAGCCAGAAUCAGCCAUCUCAGAUCUUCCUGAGCAUGAGCGACAACUUCAGGCCUGUCCAGCCACUCAACAACCGCUGCAUCCGCACCAACAUCAACUUCAGCUUACAGGGGAAGGACUGUCCAAACAACCGAGCCCAGAAGCUUCAGUAUAGAGUAAACGAAUGGCUCCUCAAGUAAGGAACUAAGCCAAGGAGAAUCCCACCUCAGUGAAAUGCUACAACUGUGAAUUGACGUAACCUAGAAUGUCCCCCUUCUUCUCUCUCCUUCCUCCCCUCAAGCCUCAUUCUCUCUUUGGAUUGGCCCUUUCUUCAUGAAAAGUGUCUGCAAACCAUGACAAAAGAACACAUCUCUUACACACACGCACCCACACACACACACACACACACACACUAGCACACACAUACACACACAUGCAAACAUUCCUACACACAUGCACACUCACACCACCGCCAAGAUGGGAAGUCAAGUUGCAGAAACAAACAUAACAGGUCUUAGAAGAAAAUAACCAGUUAACCUGAUCACAAUUUUGAUACAGUUUUCCUGAACUAAUAAAUCUACUCAAUGAGACUUCUCAGCCUUUGUAUAUACAAAAUUCUUCCGAGAGAGAGAAGAGAAAGCACAGCUCCAACAGCAUCAAGUGGACUUUGUUCUUUGCAUCACAUAAUCUUGAAUAGUGUCCUAGGAUCCUGAGGGUGCUGAAGACCGAUGAACCAGGACAAAGGUGGCCCAGGACACUGAUUUCUAGAUUAUGAUUCUUCUGUUUACUCCACAAUUCAAAAGAAAAAAAAUAAAGACAGACAUUGAAAACUUACACAUUGUGUAUAUAUAUAUCACCACAAACUAUAAAGAAAUGGAAAUAUUUCCCCUCUUUGUCACAUAUCUGUAGUAGGAUUUGCCAAGAUCAGAAUUGAUCCAUUUGCUGUUUCUUGUUUUCCAAAGGUCAUACAUUGUGUUUGGUUAUUGUUAACAGCUCAAUAAAUGUGUUGAACGAGUUAAUUUCCUUUUUCUGGCUUUGGUCUGUUCUCCUUCCUUACAGGCUAAGCCCUGACCCCAUGCAACUGCAUUCUUUGAUUUCAUUUAUUCCUUCAUCUACAUGUUUGGUUCAUUUGCAGCCAGUUUUCACUGAGUUUGUGGCAAUCAGGAAUGCAUUUGCUAAGCAAGUAUAACUUUAAUUCCACUCCAUGGCUCCAUCAUCCAUACAAGGUGAGCUUCAGCCUGACAUAGCAGGCAACAGAGUUCUUGCAUUUCAAAACUGCCAUCCCCCUACCCCUGUGAUGCUCCCUUGAAGGAAUGCACUUUGCCUUGUAAAUUCCUGGGAAAGGGGUGUCUUUUCUCUCCAGGUGCAGCCAGAUAUCACAAAGUACAAACGAAUGCCUUUCUUUUCUUGUUUAUAAUGGUCACUCACUGUGUUUGGUUACUGUCAAGAAAUCAAUAAAUGUGUUUAACAAGUUACCCAGUA